AUGUAUUCUUGUUUCUAUAAAACCAUAAUAUAUUUCAUUUUAAUAUCAAUAUUUCUAAAAUAUAAUAAUUGUAAUAUCAAAAACAGUCAUAAACAAUAUGAUAUCUAUACUAUCAUAAAAUUUAGAUCUUUAUCCACAUAUUAUUCCUCAGGAAUAAAAAAGGAAAAAAAAUUAUUAUUUAAAGACAAGUUAAGAAACAAAAAUGAACAAAAAAAAGAAUUUAUAGAAGACACUUUUGUUAUCGAUUGUUCAGGGUUAAAGAAAUUAUUAGAGAACAAAUCAUUUGAAAAAUACGACAUGGAAAUAAGAGAUUCUAUGUUUAAAGGAUAUGAAAAAAUGUAUUCAGAACUAUAUGAUAAGAAUAUGGAAAAAAAAGAAAAAGAAAAUUUAUUUAAAAAAUUUUUAAGCUUAUUACAUCGUAUACCUUCAAAAUAUAUAGAUAAAAUGUUAAAUUGUCUUAUGCAAGAUUUUGUAUCCGUACCAAUAUACGUAAGCAUAUUAUUCAUAAUAGUAUUGCUAACAAGUUGUGCUGCCACUUGUAUAUCUAUGGCAUAUAGUACAAUUUUUUGGAGUUAUGCAUUAGUACCUGUUUUUGCAUUAUUAUUAUAUUUAAAAAAAUCUGAAAGUUUUUAA